AUGUUUGCAUCGAAAGAGUGGGCUAGAAGCACCUAUUCUACAUCUGUUAAUGCAAAAAAGGCACAAGGAACAAUCUUGGGAGAUGCUAGAUGUCGGAAAGCAAUCAAGUAUUGCUUAAAGUGUGUGCUCCCUUUGGUGAAAAUUUUGAGGCUUGUGGAUGGUGAUGCAAAGCUGGCAAUGGGAUUUAUUUAUGAAGCUAUGGAUAGAGCGAAGGAAGAAAUUGCUUCAAACUUGAACCAUGUGAUGGUGAAAUUUGUUUAUGAAGUUAUCUUUCUUUCUAGGUUUCAUUAUCAAGAAAACUUCACUGCAGAUACGGAGGUGAAAAUUGGUUUAUUUAAAACCAUUGAGAGGAUGUCUCUGGAUAUAGAGGAUAGACUGAAGGUUGAUGAGCAAUUAGAGAAGUUCAAGAAGGCCGAGGGUAUGUUUGGUAUGAGCAUGGCUAUCUUGAUAAGGGAAAAGAAACAACCUAGUAAAUUUUUUGAUUAUGAAAUUGUUGCCACCGGGUGUGAGAGAAAUUGGAGCACUUUUGAUCAUGUGCACUCCAAGAAAAGAAACCAAUUGGAGCAACAACGGUUGAAUGCUUUGGUUAUUGUGAAGUAUAACGUUCAACUUGAGUUGAGACAAAUUAAGAGACAAGAAAGGCAUGAGACUUAUGAUCCUAUUUAUUUAUCGGAUAUGGAAUCUAAUUAUGAAUGGAUUAUUGAGAAAGAGGAUCCAUGUUUACCCAAAGAUCAUUCAUGGAUGGACAUCCAAGAGUGCUUUGAAAUGAUGAAGGAGCAACAAUUAGCAAAAAGAGAAAAAACAUAUUUGAAGUAA